UCCAAUUAAUCCAAAAAUACUUGGGGGUUUCUUCUUUGUAUUGUUGUAUAUCUUAUGUGUCCAAAAUCAGUGGGACCAGCUUCGUUGGCAUUGACAUUUCUAGGCCUCAACAAUAAUUUAACAUCUUCCUCUCUUCCCUCUCUUACCUCCUCAUCCUUCAACAUACCCCUCAUUCAUAUCUUAUAACUCCCUACAUUCAUUCAUAAUUAAGUAACACUCUCAAUAUUAUUCUCUCUCUCUCUCUCUCUCUCUUACCAUUAUAUAUACAUAUACUAUAUUAUAUAUUAUAUAACAUCAAUCCAUGGAAGAAGGAGACAUGGAAACUGAGGGAAACAUAACCAUACCAGCAUUUCUCACUCAAAAGAUGAAUACUACUAGUACUACUACUACUGAAAAGUCUCUGCAUGUCUUCAAGCGAAUCCGAAGACGGUGCAGAGACAAUGAUAGUAAAGAGAUGAUGUUGAUAAAGGAAGAUGCUAAGGAGAAAGAAGAAGAUGAAGAAGGUGGUGAUGAUGAUAGAGAAGAGAUAGAGAGAAAGAUUCAUGCAUUACAAAGGAUAGUACCAAAUGGUGAGUCAUUUGGUGUGGACAAACUUUUUGAUGAAACUGCUGGCUAUAUAAUUGCUUUACAAUAUCAAGUCAAAGCUUUGAAAGCUCUUACUGGUUUCUUUGAAAAGUUGGAGAAAGACAAGACUAAACUUGGAGGUUGAUAAUUGAUAUGAUUAAUUCUUCAUCAAUUUCAACAUCUUCAUCAUCAAUCCAUCAUAAUGGAAUUAAAUUCCUUAGGUUAGAUGAGGUUAUUUUGGGUUUUUAAUUUUAUUUUUCUACAAACCCAUUAGUUUAUUUAGAAUUUUUUAUUUUUUAUUUGGGUUUUUUUUUUUUUUUUUUUAUGUUGUGCUUUUGGUUAAUUGGGAUCAAGGAAAAUAUUUCCCAUUUCUUAGAUUUUAUUUAUUUAUUUUAUGAUUUUUUUUCUUUUGGGUCUUAACAAUCUUGUCAUUCGAAAUAGAAAUUCUGAUAAUUUGGAGUUCGGUUAUUAGGUAA